AUUUCUGAAAAAUAGUAAUAAGUCACGGAAGCAAGUAAAAGGUUCAGUCUUACACGACUGGCAUCUUAUGACCGGACUUUUUCUUAGAAGAGUGGGGUGGCCCAAAAUAUUUUAAAGGUGGCUCCAGUGACAUUACUUUGGGAUGGUGGUAAAUUCAGAGCCAUUCCUGUGAAGGUUAAGGUUUUACAGAAUCCUACGAUCCUCUCGUCUCUCAUCUCCCCAGUGUUUAUACAUCAGUCUCCUGUGAGUUAACUUGCUGUGAGUCAGUUCUGGACCAAUCAGUCUAUUCCUGGUGCCCUGCUAAGAUUACAUUUCUGGACGUGCACAGCUGAGGACUGGGGAAGACGGCAUGGGAGGAGGCCAUUCUGCAUCUGAAUGCAAGAAUGACGGACAAAGCCACACAGUAGCCCCAACACCUACGUCCUCCUUCUGGGAGGGCACCAACAUACAGUACUUGCUCCUGGCCUUUUUUGCUGGGGUCCUGCUGACAUUGCUGCUGUUGGCCCUUAUCUUCUUCGUCAUACGGAGCUGCAGGAAAUGUCACUCUAGUCUCGGGGCCCUGGAUCCUCCCUUAGAUCCUCACUCCGGCCAAGAUCCUCCGGCCAAGCUCUCACCCCCGGAGGAAGCACUUACCUAUGCCAGCAUGACUUUCAAAGCUUCAGAAGGAAAGAGCAAUCACCUGACUGAGAAACAUCCUGCCGGCUUGGACACAGUUGUCUACUCUCAGAUCAAAGUGACAAACUCAGCAGACCUUCUCAGUGAGGCUUGACGAGAGUCCCUCUUAUCUCCGCUCCAUCUUUAUAUGUCACUUUCCCUUUGGACAAAUUUGGGACCACAGCUGGGCCAGACUAUGGUUGGGAGUUGUUUUGGGUGUGAUUGGGCAGUGUUAGAAGCAUCCAGCGUGUUUGAAGACCAAGGGACCUUCCUUCCCUUGGCCUGAGAAAAGAUUGCUGGCCCUGCUGCUUGGACUGACAGCCUGACAGACCCUGGAGGGCUGAGACUGCCUCCCUCGUCCCCUUCCUAAGUGUGUGGUGGUGCGGAGCUCAGGGCACAAAGGGUGUUCCGUUCACUCAGUGCCGCUGAUCAGUUUGGGAGAGGUCACCCAGCUGGGCAAGCUAGCAAGAACUACAAAUAAAAGCAACCCCCCUGCAAA